AUGUCCCCUUCUGCCAUCACAGAUUCUCCCCCUCAGUCCAACGCCUACCCGGCGUCAACACGUCUCGGCAAUGGCCUUGCUGUCCAGCAGCCGCCGCCCAACUUCCGGGGCUAUGACCACGUAACAUGGUGGGUGGGCAACGCGAAGCAGGCGGCGGCCUAUUACAACACCCUCUUCGGCUUUAAGACGGUUGCCUACAAGGGCCUCGAGACCGGCAGCCGGUACAUCACUUCUUACGUUGUCGCCAAUGAAGGCGUCCGCUUCGUCUUCACCUCCCCUAUUCGUUCCCACGUUCAUCUACCAGAGGAUGAACCCAUCUCGAAGAGUGACCGUGCCCUCCUAGCUGAAAUCCACGCCCAUCUCGAGAAGCACGGCGACGCAGUAAAGGACGUCGCUUUCGAGGUGGACAAUGUCGAGGCCGUCUUCGAGCAGGCCGUCGCAGCUGGCGCUGUUUCUGUUCAGAAACCCACCAUGCUCCGCGACGAGCAAUACGGCGACGUCCUGACCGCCGUUAUCCGCACGUACGGUGACACCACCCACACCCUCAUCUCCCGAGCCGCCGGGUCCUACAACGGACCUUUCCUCCCCGGCUUCCGCGCCGCCAAACCGCCGUCCUCAACCAUAACCCUUCCCACGGCACCGCUCGCCCGCAUCGACCACUGCGUCGGCAACCAAUCGUGGAACGAGAUGGUGGCCGCCUGCGCCUUCUACGAACGCUGCUUGUCCUUCCACCGCUUCUGGUCGGUCGACGACUCGCAGAUCUGCACCGAGUUCUCCGCCCUCAACUCCAUCGUCAUGGCGUCCCCCAACAAUAUGGUCAAGAUGCCCAUCAACGAGCCCGCCCCGGGAAAGAAGCGGUCCCAGAUUGAGGAGUACGUCCUCUUCAACUCGGGACCUGGAGUCCAGCAUAUCGCUCUCCUGACUCACGACAUCAUCUCCACCGUCUCCGCCAUGCGGGCUCGUGGCGUCGAGUUCAUCUCCGUCCCCAGCACCUACUACGAGACGCUGCGCCACCGCCUCAAGACCGAGGCCCGCCGCUGGGCGCUCAAGGAGGACCUCGACACCAUCGAGCGCCUCAACAUCCUUAUCGACUACGACGAGGGCGGUUAUCUCCUCCAGCUCUUCACCAAGCCGCUUAUGGACCGCCCCACUGUCUUUAUAGAGAUCAUCCAGCGCAACAACUUCGAGGGCUUUGGCGCUGGUAACUUCAAGAGCCUCUUCGAGGCCAUUGAGCGAGAGCAGGCCGAACGGGGUAACCUAUAA